CAACAUAGACAGAUAUUCAAGUGUGUUGAUGUAAAUAUUAGAUUACAGCAUAAAAACGGCUCCUCUACAAAACACGUGCAGUGUGUUGAUAAGAGUGAGUGUGUCCGAAUGCUCGGCACCAAAGAGAGAAGGAACAACGAUACGAACCGAAGCGACGUCGACGACGACGACAACGACGACAGCACCGACAGAGCACACACUGGGUAUCUACUAUAUCGUAAGAAAAUAAGGCCGUAGACACUGGGCGUCCAUUAGACAGUUCGAAUAAAUAAAACCAAACGGCACGCUCAUGCGAUCAGUUGAGAGCGGAAAGUAGCAUCAGUUUGACAACGCACAGCCAAAGCAAUCUCUCGCUCUCAAUUUCCCAAACAAUAAAACAUUUUCUGGCAAAAAAUUUCGCGUUGAUUUGUACGUUGCACAUUGUGUUUAGUGUGACAUUGGACUUUUUCGUACUGAAUCGCGCUUAUACCGUCAAAUUUGUGCAUAAACAAUAAUAUUGCUGUAUUUAAAUUUAGUUUUUGGCCAGUGCUCACGUUUUCAUCGAUGCGGCUCAGAAUACUGUGACUUUUUUUUAAUUCGAUUUGUCUUUGUCGUUUCAUAUUUAACAUCAAUUUUUGAUUUCGAUUUUUUUUUGCUCCGGCACGUAUUUCACCAGUAUUUUCCUUUGUAUAAACAGUUUCUUUUUUGAAGUUUGGCACAUUAAUAGCAUCGUCGAUGUGAGAUCGACAUUUAAAUAAUUUGAUGCGAAUAACAAAUAGCUUCGUGAAUGUUGAAUGAUAAACUGUGAUCCAACUAUUUUUAUUACCGAUUCGUUGUGCCGCAUAUCAUCAGUUUGGUGAUUCGAUUGCAGUAUAUUUGAUGCAGUUGUAUAAUAUCGGUCGACAAUUUUACCCACUUAACUGUAGUCUUUAUUUGUAACCAAUUUUUAUACGUACAAAAUGACGGUCGCCACCAAAGAUAUUCCAUCCAGUGAACAGAGAAACAGUACCAGAAACCAAUACCUUGCCACAAUUAUCGUGAAUUUGACCACUAUUUUAUAUGGAUAUGCAUCUGGCUGGACCAGUUCAAGUCUACUCAUUUUGGAAUCGGAUGAACUUACGCCGCUCGUUGAUGGAGCAAUGAAUCAAGAGCAACGAUCGUGGGUCACAUCACUUUUUGCCAUAUCUGGUGUGGUUGGAACGAUCUGUUAUUAUUUUAUUGCCGAUUUUUUAGGACGAAAAUUACCUCUUUGGAGUCUGGCUAUUCCCCAUGGAAUAAGCUGGAUUCUUAUCGAGUACGGCAUAUAUCCAUGGCAAUUGUAUUUGUCGAGAAUAUUAGCUGGUUUGGUUUCUGGUGGUGGUUUUGCUCUGGUUCCAAUUUUCAUUUCUGAAAUAUCCGAGUCACAGUAUGUAUCCAUUUCGGUUCUGAACGAAAAAAUCUCUGCCACUUUGCGAAUUCUCAUUAUUCGGGGUCGGCUUGGUUCACUUUUGAUGCUUUCGGCCAACUCUGGAUUUUUAUUUGGAUUCUUGGCCGGUUACUACCUUUCAUACUUUGAAAUACCGUAUUUUGGGAUCAUUCUAUCGAUAGUAUUCUUAGUGUCUUUUACGUACUUCCCUGAAACGCCAUCAUUCCUAUUGCGAUGCAAAAAAGAAGAGCUAGCGGAACGUUCUUUUAGAUUCUAUCGAAAUGUCAAGAAAGGUGAACCAAUGCCAGAAAAUAUUGGCAAAGAAUGGGAUGAACUUCAAAAAGGGCUAGAAGAAAUGAUGAAAUCGAAGAGCAAAAUCAAAAACAAUUUCGAAUAUAAGGAUUUGUUUAAAACGCGUGCUGGUCGUAAGGCGCUCAUAAUUGGCAUUGUUUUUGUCUUCAUGCAUGAGUUCUGUGGAGUUUUUACGAUGCUCAACUAUACGGCGAAGAUUUUCCUUGAGAGCGGUUCAACCAUUUCACCAAAACUCUCGGCAAUAAUCGUUGGACUGAUUCAAUUGAUUGGAACCUAUUUCGCGACAUUCUUUGUUGAUCGUCUGGGCCGUAAGAUCCUCUUAGUUUUGUCUUCAAUCGGAACGGCUAUAUGCCUGGCAUGUCUUGGUGCAUAUUCAUACGCACAUUCAAUCGGAAUCGAUGUCAAGCCAUACUCAUGGGUAUCGAUUGCCAGUUUCUCCGGCAUGAUGUUUUUGGCAGCCGUUGGACUGAUACCUCUUAUGUUUGUCGUCAUUGCUGAAGUGAUGCCUGAGAAGGUUCGAAGUAUUGGAUGUACAAUUUGUUUCUGUCUGUCCUGGGUGCUGGCAUUUUUGAUGGUGAAAUUCUUUGAAUCAGUUAUCGAUCAAAUUGGCUUGUUCGGGUGUAUGUUUUUGUUCUCCAUUUGUACCGUGUUUGGGGCCAUCUUCAUCAUUAUAUUCAUUCCAGAGACUAAAGGAAAAACUUAUGCGGAAAUUGCUGCCAUUUUAGAUCGUUAAAAUUAUUCAAUGUUGUUUCAUAAACACAUUUUGAAAAAAAAAUCCUUUUAAGAUGCAUGUUGAUAGAUAUGAUAUUGAGAUUUAUGAAUUUUUAUAUAAGAACUUACUCAUGUCUUGUACUUACGUCGUUGAUACUUAUUUUUAUCUAGAUUUUUAUACAGAAAAACUUAUUGUUGAAAAUAAAUGGUAAAAAAAAGAAUGAUGUUGUUUUAGAUUUUUCGUGACCAAAGUUGGAUUCAAGGAAACAAACUCAAGGCUAGAAAAAGAAUUUUCUGCUCUAAAAAU